UUGUGCCCUAUAGACAUCCCCACACGAAGCUAUCAGGACAGGGUUGUGCAGGCUCCUCAGACUCCCCUUCCAGACACCUCAGCACCGCACGAUGGCCGUCCCUCCUUCAUACUCAGACCUGGGCAAGUCUGCCAAGGACAUCUUCAGUAAAGGCUAUGGCUUUGGAGUUGUGAAGCUGGACCUGAAGACCAAAUCACAAAGUGGAGUGGAGUUCAACACGUCCGGCUCCAGUAACACGGACACGGGGAAGGCGGCCGGAAGCCUGGAGACCAAAUACAAGAUGAAGGAGCUCGGCCUGAGCUUCAACCAGAAGUGGAACACAGACAACACGCUGGCUACCGAGGUCACCGUGGAGGACCAGCUGACUCAAGGACUGAAGGUUGCCUUGGAUACGUCUUUUGUACCAAACACAGGUAAGAAGAGUGGAAAGCUGAAGACGGCCUACAAGCGGGACUUCGUGAACCUGGGCUGUGACGUCGACUUCGAGGGUCCCAUCAUCCACGCCGCCGCGGUGUUGGGCUACGAGGGCUGGCUGGCCGGCUACCAGAUGGCCUUCGACACGGCCAAGUCCAAACUGGCCCAGAACAACUUCGCCCUCGGAUACCGGGCCGGAGACUUCCAGCUGCACACCAACGUUAACGACGGGACCGACGGAAGGUGACCUGGAGUUGGCCUGGACCGCGGCUCCAUCUACCAGAAGGUGAACAAAGGAGCUGGAGUAACGCUCUCUGCGGCGUCAACAACGCAGUCUGAUCACACUCGCUUCGGCAUCGCCGCCAAAUACAAGCUGGACAAAGACGCCUCUCUGUCUGCCAAAGUCAACAACGCCAGUCUGAUCGGAGUAAUACUACUACACUCAGAGCUACCAGGUGUGAAGGUCACCCUCUCUGCUCUGAUCGACGGGAAGAACUUCAACGCCGGCGGUCACAAAGUCGGGAUGGGCUUCGAGCUGGAGGCGUAAAGGUGGAGAACAUAGACGAGAGCACAUCAACCCCCCACCGCCCCACCAUCACAGACACAGCCCACCACCAUCAUGUAGCUCCUCUCUGGACCCCCACUCCCCCCCACACUUCCUCCCCCAUCGUUCACACAUUUCAUGAGCAUUUUCAGACAGUAAUAGUCGAGCCUCAGCAUCAUGUUUAAACGACCCUGAAAAAGAAUUGUGAGGUUGUUGAUCCUGAAACUGACGGAGACACAGAAAGCUUUGAUUAUUACCGGGUUUUUUUAUGGUCAUUGAAGUGGCUCUAUUUAUUUCCCUGUCUUCGUUGGUGUGAAGCUUCUGUGCUCCCAAAAGCUUGUAAGAAUGCAAAACGUGGGAGGCGGAGCUUGGUUCAAAAUAAAAAUGGUGUGUUGGAGUGUUUUGAGCACUUUUUGGGGCCGUCAUGUUGCUAUUUAAUCCAUUUCAAUGUUUUGACACAUUUCAUGAACAUAUGACUGAUAUUUAGAGGUGGUUUAAGGUCAAGAGGUGAAUGAAGGAUAUUUAAAAACUCUACAGGAACAAUGAAAGUCCGAUCUUUUGAUCCUUUGUGACUUUCGGUAGGUGAAAUCAAAGUGGUGGAAUCUUCUCGUGUAGUUAGUUUGCUUUUCUACGACAUUGUUUUCAUCUAUCUGUCUCGUCACAAAGAAAAGUGAGGAUGUUUAUGCAUCUGCUGUUUCCUCACGUUGCUGUCAAUGCUCCAACCUCCACUCCUCAGAUCUGUACAUGAGAUACAGUUGGUUGACCUCCGAGUGACUUCGAUCAAAACGCUUUCAUAGGCUUAUGGACGAGGUCGUUGUCUCCCUCAUGACUAUCCUGUUUCUUUCUUUUCUUUUUUGAGGAAAAUCAAAAUAUGUAUUUUAUUUUCUCCAUCUAAUUGUGUCGUCAAGAAUUAUAAGGCUCAUUGUUCUUUGUCACUUAGACACAGUACCUCAUUUUUUUUCCAAUGUCAAUUAAGGGAAUUCAAAUAAU